AUGGGGGUUCUCCAACUGAUGAUUCUGGCGGGGAUGAUUCUGAUGCUAGUGAAAGUGGAGAAGCCUGGCAAAAAGGAGGCUAAGAAAGAGCCUUCAGCUUCCAAGGCACCUGUCAAGAAGAAAUCUAGGGAUGGGGCUGACGAUGGUUCAAAGAAGAAAAAACAGAAAAAGAAAAAGGAUCCAAAUGCACCAAAGAGAGCGAUAUCUGGUUUCAUGUUCUUCUCUAAGAUGGAAAGAGAGAACAUAAAGAAAAGUAAUCCUGGAAUUUCUUUCACCGAGUUGGGGCGAGUACUUGGAGAUAAGUGGAAUAAGAUGUCUGCCGAAGACAAAGAACCAUAUGAGGCGAAGGCUCGGGACGACAAAAAACGUUACAAGGAGGAAAUCAGUGGCUAUAAGAAUCCACAGCCAAUGAAUAUAGAUUCGGGUAACGAAUCUGACAGUGCAUAGUAGAUAGAUAUCAAUUGCUAGUCUCAUGUUGGCUCGUUUAUAUAGUACAAAGGAGAUGAUGCCACCACCAACCGACAUGUUUUGCGUUUUUUUUUUAUGCAACUUAUAAUAGGUUGUAUUGGCAUGACAUUAAACUAGUUCAGGGAUAGUUGAGGAAUCCCAAGUGUUGAGCUGAGUAGAGGUGCUGGUUAGAGAUUGAACUUUAAGCUAACACAAUCUAGUAAAUAUUAACAAUUAUUUUGCUUCUGUA